GUUUAUUCACUGGGAACACAUUGAAUAGGAUUAAUUUUCUAAAGAAAUGAACAAUAAUUUUGACGAAACAUUUGCAUUAUAAGAGUAAAAAAUUGGGCUGACUUUGCCACUGGCAACAAUUACAACAUUGAUGUAAAAUUUGUAUUCAAGUUCAGUAUUUUCUCCAUGCAGUGAAAUGAGAAAUAUCGAUAUUAUAUUUUGAUUAAAUAGCGCGCGACAAUCGGUACACAGAACAAUACAUCACAACAACGAAACCUCCACAUUCGUAUUUAAAUGCACAACAGUCAGCACCUGGAUUGCAACAGACUUUUCCCAUUUAUUGAAAUAAAUCUUUGCGGUGUUACGUGUAUAUUCAUUUAGGCAUCCCAUUAAAAUAAGACGAUUGAUAGCUUUGUAUUCUUUUACUGCUCGGCAAACAGAUUACUUUAAAGACAUAAACAAUAGAUGCAUAAAUUAACCUCUAUCUUAAUUACUUGUGCAAUCCUUUGAUGACAAUUUUGACGAGUUUUGAAGAAAGAAAGCAAAGCUAUUUAGCCCAAGACAAACAACGCGGACACGAGAAAAUCUGAUGUAGACUCGAGUUGCAAAAACACUGCACAAAUCAACUGUAACUUUACCUCAUGAAUCGACAACGAAAAAAGGCAAUUGCCCAUCCGACUGUUAACGCUUCUUCGCUCAAUCAAAACAAUUUUCUUCGUAGUUUUUAUUCAAGUGAUAAAGCAGAAGACGACUUCUUCAUGCAGCCGCAAAUGAGGAAAAAUAAAAACAAUAUUAAUAAAUAUGGGCAAAGACGAUGUUCGGUCAACAAUAUGACACUGACAGUCGAUCCUGAAAGACGUAGGAAACACUCGUUUCAAAUUGGUGCAUUUCGUGGCAACCGAGCGAGAACACAGCAGCCGAUUGAAGAUCAUUUUACUGUCAUUUUAGGAGCGCCGAGUGUAGGAAAAACAGCUUUGGUUGUUCGUUAUGUAACAGGAAGGUUCGUCCACGAGUACGAUCCAACAUUAGAAAGGAUCUAUGAAAAACAACAAGAAAUCGGAAAUGUGAAAGGACUAUUGCGAAUCAUGGACACCGCUGGAUCGAUUGAAAACUGCAACAGUUACGUAAGAAAAGCCGAGGGAAUUGUAGUUGUUUACUCGAUAACAGAUCGAAAUAGCUUCGAAGUCGCUAAAGAUUACCUGAACACGACGAAAGAGUAUCAAAGACUCGGAACUCCUUUCGAUUACAAGCUACCGACGAUUCUGGUCGGCAACAAACGUGAGCUCCGAAGAGCUCGCGAAGUGGGCCGAUAUGAAGGUCGAGAGACAGCAAAAAAACUAGGAUGUUUGUUCAUCGAAUCUUCGGCAGCUUACGACAGAAAUGUACAGAAGAUUUUUUUAAACAUGUUUUUACAAAUCCAACAAAUCAAGCAAGAAAGACAAACGACAAUUGUAAAUAAUGCUGGAGGAUUUGUUAACACUGUGAAAAAUUUUUUCCAAACAAAAAAGAAAUAGAUACUCAAGCGCAAACUCUGUCCGCGGUAGGAUUAGAAAAGAUAUUCAUUGAUUUUAAAUAUGGACAUCACACACAUUGAAGCACAUCAGCAAAAUUUUACAUCAAAUCAUUUAAGUAGUUUCAUGAUCAUGGGACUGUAUGGGUGUAUGGGGGUGUGUUGGGAAUGCUUAUGGGGGUGUGUUGGGAAUAAUUGUGUGGGUGUGAGACCCACAAAUUUUGUGAAAUAUGUCAAGAAAGUCGAUAGAUAACGAAAUAACGAUCAAACUAAAAUGAUAAACUUUCCUGUCUAA